UAAUUUAAUCUCUCAAUUAUUGGGGCCAUGGCAGAAAAGAGAAAAAAAACACCUGAAAAGAAUAUUUAUAAUAUUUGCAUCACUCACACGCUGUUCGCUUUGUCGAGUCGAAUAAUUUUCAAUCAUUUUGGGGGCCAAAAUUAUGUCAUCGUCUCCGCCUAAGCCGGAAGUUGGGGUGGGGGUGUUUCUGCUCAAGGGCGGCAGAGUCCUUCUGGGCCGCCGCCGCACCGCCGUCGGCCGCGGCACGUUCGCCCUUCCCGGCGGCCACCUCGAGUUCGGCGAAAGUUUCGAGGAUUGUGCAGUUAGGGAAGUGAAGGAGGAAACCGGGCUCGACAUUACGGAAAUCGAGGUUAUGACAGUUACUAACAAUGUUUUGUCCGUACCUAAACCAGUACAUCUAAUAGCUGUUCUCAUGCGUGCAAAGCUGGCGGACCCCAAUCAGAUGGCCCUUAAUCUUGAGCCUGAUAAAUGUGACGGUUGGGAUUGGUACGAUUGGGACAAGCUUCCGAGCCCUAUGUUUGGACCACUGAAAACUGCUGUUGUUAAUGGUCUGGAUCCUUUUGUACUCAGUUAGAGCUAUGAAUUUAAUUUGUGUUGAUCUCUCUGCUUCUUACUCCUGGUCAGUUUAUGAUGAAUGUUUACAAAUGCAAACAUUAGCAGUUAUUAAUAUUUGCUGGCAAACAAGGCACAAGGCACUUGGGGUAUGAGGAUUAUAGUUAGCUUCUUGUGUGUAGUAUGUGUACUGUAUCAUAUUUCUUGAAACGGUUUCUGGUAGUAAAGGUAAUUGUGUCAUUGCACAUGACACAUCAGGCUGUAUUUCAUCUUUGCAUUUGCUACUUGGCUAUAAAACCAAGACACUUUAAUGGAAAUGCGAUAUGGCUUUAACUUGUAUGUUAAAUUGAUGGUUUGAUUACGAUAUAA